AUGAAGUUCACUCGAUUGACGCCGUUGUUCACGGCAGCUACACUAUCUGCAGAAAUUAGUCCACCAAAUCGAGCUUGCGAGUCCUUCAGAAUCCCUGUCACCGUCAGUUCCGAGGAUCUGAUCUACGCUUUGCCGCACUUCAACAGCGAUUUCGACGUGGCCGACUUCAUUGACAUCCUCUCAAGCAGGUCUUCACUCCCUAUUUCUAGCAUUUUCGGGGGUACCCACAACGUGACCGCAGCCUACACAAUUGGUGCAACUUUCUGCAGACCCCAGCAUAAUUAUACAAACAAUACAGUUCUGAUCGCUACCCACGGUCUGAACUUCGACAGAAGCUAUUGGGAUCCCAAUCUGCAGAACGGCAACUAUAGUUUCGUCGAUUUUGCGGUCAGCCAGGGUUACUCUGUGCUGUUCUACGAUCGUCUAGGUGUUGGAGAGUCCAGUCGGGUCUCAGGCUACGCCGCCCAGCUUUCGAAUCAGGUUGCCAUCCUUCAGCGGCUUGUCGGCACUGUCAGGGAUACAAAGUACAAAGACAGAUUUGGUAGGCCAAAGUCUGUGGUUCUGGUUGGUCACAGCUUCGGCAGUGGAAUAUCCUUAGCAACAGUCGCCUUGGAUCCGACAAUCGCCGACGGUCUCGUUCUUACAGGUUUUAGCCUCAACACUAGCUACUCCAACCCCAUCGGCUUCGCGAUGGCUGCACAGCCUAGAAUUGCCGCACUUCAAAACCCUCAGAAGUGGUCUCAGCUCGACACAGGCUAUUUGACUCCAGCAGAUCUAUAUGCGAACGUGAAUACAUUCUUCAAAAAACCUGAAUACGACACCAGCGUUGCCGAGUAUAGCGACGUCACGAAAGAGCCGUUCGCUAUCACGGAGCUCUUAUCCGCCGCCACGCUGGACAGUCGACCGCUUGCAUUUACAGGUCCAACUAUGAUCAUUGCUGGAGAAUACGAUUUCAUCUUCUGCACAUCUGACUGCAACGGGGCACUUGACUAUCCCGCCUCGCUGGUCUUCCCGCAGGCCAAAGCGUUCAAGGCGGUGAGCUAUCCGAAUGCUGGUCAUGGACUCAAUCUGCAUUUGAAUGCACGUGGCGCCUUCAAGGAGAUAACUAUGUUUCUUUCGUCCCACGGCCUGUAA